UUUCCCUCGAUUUAUAAUUAACUUCAACAGGAUGGCGUCCGCAACGAUGAAGCAGUGGACCGUCAUCGACGCAGAGAGCGGCUUCGACGGCCUCAAGUAUACCGAUGCGCCUGUCCCCAAGGUCGGCGAGAACGAAGUACUCGUGAAGUUGCAUGCUGCCUCGCUCAAUUACCGCGAUGUCAUCAUUCCACAGGGAAUGUACCCAUUCCCACUCAGCCUCCCCGUUGUCCCCGGUUCUGACGGCGCCGGGGAGGUGAUUGAAGUUGGAUCGAAAGUCAGCCAGUUCAAGACGGGCGACACGGUAGUCACCCUCUUCAACCAGCUCCACCAGUACGGUCCAAUCGACGCGGCGGCAAGCAAUUCGGGUCUCGGGGGUGUGAUUGACGGCACCCUCCGCCAGUACGGGGUGUUUAAUGAGAACGGAGUCGUCCGGUGUCCUCGGAACUUGAACUUCCUGGAAUCGAGUACCUUGACUUGCGCCGGUCUUACGAGCUGGAAUGCGUUGUAUGGAUUGAAGCCGCUGAAGCCCGGCCAGACGGUUUUGGUACAGGGGACUGGAGGCGUGAGUAUGUUUGCGUUGCAGUUUGCCAAAGCCGCCGGUGCAACCGUGAUUGCGACAACCUCUUCAGAUCAAAAAGCGACGAAGCUCAAGGAACUCGGUGCCGACUACGUUAUCAACUACAAAACCCAGCCGAACUGGGGCGAGAUUGCUCGGAGUCUGACACCGGAUAACGCUGGUGUUGAUCACAUUAUCGAGGUUGGAGGCGCCGCCACCCUAGCGCAGAGUUUCAAGUGCAUCAAGUAUGAAGGCAUUAUUAGCGUCAUUGGAUUCCUGGGAGGAGUCGAUCCUAAGGACCAGCCUAGCAUCCUGGACUCACUCACCAACAUUUGCACUGUGCGAGGUGUCUACGUGGGAGGCAAAGAUUUGAUGAACGAUAUGGUCAGGGCGGUUGAAGCAAAUAAUAUUCAUCCCGUGGUGGAUAGCCAGGUGUUUCCUCUUGGGAAACUCAGAGAGGCAUAUGAGUAUCUGUGGGCUCAGAAGCAUUUCGGAAAACUAGCCAUCAAGAUUGACUAGUUCAUCUCUCUUUAGUACUCGUACAUACUUAGAAAGGGAUCAUGUAUGGACUCACAACAGAAGAGAAAAAAAAAAAGAGGCCAACCGUGCUUGAAGUAUACGUAUAGCAGUCUUGGGCCGGAUAUUCUCAGCCUGAUACAUAACAGUAUCUCAUACGAGGAGUUUUCCUUGCUAGGAGCAAAUUAGCUAAAUCUGAUAUCAGAAAAAACAUAGAUCAUCUUGAAGAUAGUGGUUGAGCUUUUCAUAUUAUCGAGGUAGAGUUGCAGUUC